AGACCAGCUAUGUUGUAUGGUGCGGAGUGGUGGGCAGUUAAGAAGAACCACGUUCGUCGGGGGGAUGCUGCAAAGAUGCGAAUGUUGCAGUGGAUGUGUGGAAAGACGAGGUUAGAUAGGAUUCGGAAUGUGGUUGUCAGUGGGAGUGGCAAUGGUUGAGGAUAAGUUGUGGGAAGCUACGCUAAGGGGUCUAUUGGAAAUAGUCUCUCUACCUUUGGGUAGGGUGCUUAUGUACCUUGGACCUGAUGUACUGAGGGAGGUCAUUGAGAAUGCUGAGCUAUAUCCCAUAAAGGGGCUGUUCAACUUCAGAGAUUAUUUUGAUGAGAUUGAUUCAUACUUUUAUCAAACAGUUGCUUUUGAUCUUGGGGUUUCAACUGGAUGGAAAUCACUGAAUGAACUAUACAAUGUUGUACCAGGAGAGUUGACUGUAGUUACUGGAGUUCCUAAUUCAGGAAAGAGUGAAUGGAUUGAUGCACUUCUAUGCAACCUUAAUAGAAAUGUUGGCUGGAAAUUUGCACUUUGCUCUAUGGAGAACAAGGUUCGGGAGCACGCUAGGAAACUCUUGGAGAAACACAUAAGGAAGCCUUUUUUUGAUGUCAGGUAUGGGAAAUCCGAUGUGCGAAUGAGCCUUGAUGAAUUUGAGCAGGGAAAGCAAUGGCUAAGUAGUACAUUCUCUCUUAUAAGGUGUGAGAAUGAUUCUCUACCGAAUAUAGACUGGGUUCUUAAACUUGCAAGAGCUGCAGUUCUGAGGCAUGGUGUGAAUGGACUUGUGAUUGAUCCGUAUAAUGAGCUCGAUCAUCAACGUCUUCAAAGCCAGACUGAAACAGAGUAUGUUAGUCAAAUGCUCACAAAGAUUAAGCGUUUUGCGCAACAUCAUUCUUGUCACGUUUGGUUUGUAGCACAUCCACGUCAGUUGCAUCAAUGGACUGGAGGCCCUCCAAAUCUUUAUGAUAUCAGUGGAAGUGCACAUUUCAUAAACAAAUGUGACAACGGAAUUGUUAUUCAUCGCAAUCGGGAUCCUGAGGCUGGCCCUUUGGACCUAGUGCAGGUUUGUAUAAGGAAGGUACGCAACAAGGUUAUAGGAACAAUUGGGGAAGCCUUUUUGUCAUACAACAGGACCCUUUCUCGGGCAGCCUCAAAUCUCGGGGCCAAGCCUGCCAAGAAACUCAUUGUUGCCAUCUGCUCUCGCUGUUGUUGCUGAGUUUUGACAUCUGGAGUGAAGGGCAUCAAUGAAUUUAAGGCCUCAUAUGUCUUCUUGAAGUCCAUGAAAUAUGCUUGAAGAGAUUGAUCCUGCUGGUCUGCCCGAUAGAAAGCCUUACAUACGUCAUAGAUACGAGUAAGAUUUCCCUUACCUGAAUAUAGAAAUUCCAAAUAUUCCAUCAAGUCUUUAACUGUUUCACAAUGGCCAACUAACCCAAGCACAUCCCCAUCAAUUGAGUUCCGGAUUUGGAGGAAUAGUCGAGCAUCAUCCCUCAACCACACUUUCUUAGUAGUUGCAUCCUUAGGAGGAUCAUCAG